AUGCCUGCUGAACCAAGAAGACGUCACAAUGGCCAACCACAGGCCUGCGAACCAUGUCGCAAGUCCAAAAUUCGUUGUGACCAUGAAACCCCGAAGUGUUCGCGUUGCGUUGUGCGUGGAUUAGAUUGUGUCUAUCAUCCUGCUCCUAUGACCAAGCGCCGCCCUCCAUCUGCUUCUCACGCACCUGCUCACUUUGAAACCACACCGCUCGCAGACCUACUGACUGGCAGUACCUUUGUGCCUUCUACUGGCUCCCAGCUUCCGAUCGUACCUCCACCGAGCGCAGAAUCCUCCUCGCCGCUGGUUGCAGAUCCCGGCUCCACUGCGAGCUCGGGACCUUCUGCUGGUUACAACACAGCACAGCGGGUCACUUUAUUCCAGAAGGAAUCUGGCCGACAUGAAACGACCCGAUUCUCCGCUGUGUUCUUCGAGAACGAGGACAGCUUUGGCCCAGCGAUCCUUGAUGCCGCGAACGUUAACCACGAGCUAGGCCGAGAGGUUGACGUGACAACAUGGCCUCGCAUGGAGUUGGCCGUCAAUACCCUCAUGAACUUCCCCACGGCUCGUACAUGUGAAAUGCUGAUGACAGGUCUUCAUCACAUCCACGAUGUCUGGGUGUCUCCAACCAUGGUCCGGCACUGUCUGGAUCAAGUAUGGACGGAAUACGGCAAUUGUCUUGACCUGCGUAGGACACGGGAUUCGGUAUCGAGAUUGGCAAAUGAUCUCUUUGCCAAUGACAAAAAGCCCUAUUUGAGGUUCAACCCUGAUGACGACAGCAGUUUUGACCGCAUCGGUUGGAUGAACUGGUUUGCUGGUCCUCACUUGCGAUGGGAAAUGGUGGGGAUCCUCUUCAGCUGGGCUGGAAUGGCUUUCAGACACCGACAGGAAUGGGACCCUGUCUUCCAUUUACCCGAGCAAGAGGGGCGAAAUCGCAACACUGCCGCAGACAAGAUGAGGGAGUGUGCUGCUGCCUGUGUGCGGCUUUGCGAGGACCAUUUCGAAAUCAGUGACAUCAUGGUCAUCUGCAUGAAAAACAGCAGCAAAUUGCAAAGCAUUAUCAUCAGCGACGAAAGUGAUCGUAUACGGGUCGACUAUGGGACUGUUGGCAGUGCUUUUAUAACAGCGGGAUUGCACCGUCAGCCCCCCCUUGGGAAGGUCACGCCAUUUUCCCAACACAGAGCUGCCAUCGCGUCGUCAAUGUACUAUCUCGACAAAUGCGAAAGUUUGUUCAAUGCGCGGCCACCCAUGCUGAGUCGCCAUUAUUGUCAGUGUCCGCUUCCACUUGACCUGUGCGAAGAAGAUGUCUACGGGGGUCGGGAAAGAUUGGCAGCCGCCGUUGCCAGGCUUGACAAGAAUGGCUGGAAUACAGAAGGCCACAUUUUCACGACAACCUGGCUCCGAGCGCUUGCAAUGCUAAGCCCGAUACGAGAACGAAUUUUGGAGCUCUCAUUAAGUAUUAAUCUACAGUUUACGAAAGCGCAAGUCGAGGACAUCAUCGUCCAACUGAAGCAGAUAGUUGCUUCCUACCCCCAGCAUAUUCAGUAUCGUCGUAACUCAGGGGGAUUAUCUCGGUCAACUUCAUACGUUCAAGCGCGAAGCGCUCAUGACGCGUACAUCAUCACCCGCAUACAACUGGAUGUAUUACAAUGCCGUUUUCUCCUGCACCGUCUCCUUGUCUCGCGGCGUUUCAGCAGCGGUCAAGACUUGUUCGAUACCGCCCAGGAGACUAUGUCGGUUAUUCUGUCACUGUGGCUGAAUCGUGAUCAGCUACAUGACGUAAACUAUGCCUUUGACUGGAUUGCCGUGUCAUACGGAGUUCCCUGCGCGGGAAUCUUAUGCGUAGAGCUUCUGCGAGCGAGUCAUCUAGCACCACCCGCAUUAGCUAACGAUUCUUCGGCGACGGCUGCUGUUUACACGCCUGUUCGGCUUUCCCGGUCGGAGGUUAUCCAAAGCCUGACGAUGUUCGGAGCCUUGCUUGACUGGAUACGACCUACCGAUAAUAAUUCUCAGCUUAGUGUCAAAUUCAGAAAGGUUCUCCAGCGGAUCAUUGACAGUGUGUUUGAUACCCUGGGGCCGUUGCAGGACGGGCAGAUCCGGGAGAUGCCAAAUAAGCAGGUGUAUCAAAGACAGUACGGAGUACAAUCCCAGCAGAUGCGUGGACAAAACCUAUCUCCCGCCACGGAUGGUCAGUACGAUAUCGAUCCCGCGCUGAUCACAGACGACGAUAUGGACUGGUUGAACACUCUGGAUUGGACGCAGGGAGGCUGGCUUGAUCAGCCUUUUCUGUUCUGACCGGUGCCCACACACCACCAUACUCAGCGGCGUAGUGCUGUAUGCACCAAUUAUCCUUUUGUCUUGAAGCAAUUUUGAUCUCCCAAUCGGUACGCGACUGGUAAUCUCAAGACCAGAUGUACUCAACAACGCCAAAUCAAGCAUUUCACAGCCUAAUCAACAUUCCAUCAGCACAGAGACACCUGUCCAACGAUAGAUUUUUUAGAUACCAACUCCUGGCUGCACUUAGACUGUCAGCUGUGCUGAGCUUUCGGAGUGC